AAACGUAACACAAAAAUAUAUAUACAAAUAUAUUGUAAAUUUUUCAAUAAGUUUCUCGUAUUUUGGAACUUUCCGUUUAGUGUGCUAAGCUCGUGUUUUGAGGACUUGCAGAUUCGCCUUAGUACACUUGUCCGCGCGUUGCAAAAUGGCAAAUCACCACCACAUCAAUCACUUGGCUACCGCCAUUGGUCCAUUGGAGUUUCAUGCGUACGAGAAGGGGGAGCUACUCGAUCUGCUGCUGCUUGUAGCCCGUGAAUUGCAGUUGGGAAAACAGACUUCGAAGAACGUGCCUAUUGGGCUCUUGCAUCAGGAGUUGCGUAUAUAUGGACCGCUAAUGGAGGAGCACUAUGCCGUUCAAAUGGAUUACGCAUUUAGUUAUCUACAGGAGGCAUUGGAUGGUGGACGACUGAAUAGCGCGCUGACGCAAAAAUUGUUUAAUCUCAUACGUCAUCGUGAGGUUGGUUGGGAGUCAGAUGCCCACGAAAUUGGAAUUAUUAAAUGUAAAGUGGAGAGUAUAGGAGCAGAUAAUCAUCAUAUUCACCAUCCGGGUUCUCACGGGGUCAGUCUUUUGCAAACGCCAGAUAAUGCGUUCAGUGACGAUGUGCCGAACGAGGAAGUGAUGGGCGAACAUGUUCAUCAUAAUCAUAAUCAUCAUCAUCAUCAUCAUCAUCUGAUCGAGGAAGAGUUUCCAGUCGAGUGCCCUCCAAUCUCUGAUGACGAAAAGAUACGACUCCUGGAGGAGCAGACUGCUUGGCGUGAAGAAUUGGAGCAGUGGGAGCAGCAUAACAACGACGAAGAAGUUGAUGACGAGGAUCUGGAGGUAGAAGAGAAUGAGCAGGCUGUUGAGCAAGACGAUGAUGAGCAAGAUGAUGAUGACUCAGAUGGUGAUGAGCCAGAUUAUGACGAGCCAGAUGAAGAUGAUGAGCCAGAUUAUGAUGAGCCAGAUUAUGACGAGCAAGAUUAUGACGAACCAGAUGAUGAUGAGCCAGAUGAAGAUGAUGAGCUAGACGAUGAUGAGCAGCAAAGCGAUGGGCAAGAAGAAACUGAGCAACAGGCAGUUGUGGGCACACUUCACGUGGUUAAGCAAGGCAUGCUGGAAUUUAACUCUUCCAACAUGGUAAUCACUUAUAAUGAAUAAACACAAUCGUCACAACAGCAAGAAUCAGCAACAAAAAAGACACAAACACUUCCUAUUAAGGCAGCUUUCGGAUACAAUAGUUGUGCUUUUAUUUGAUAUUGAAAAUUUCUAAAAUAGUGCCAGCCAAGAGUCUUGAGUGUUACAGAUCGAACUCACACACACACACACACAUACCUGUAAAAUGCAUUAAAGAUGCGACAUAGAAGAAGCCUCAAAUAAAAAGAAAAUGUUAAGCCAGUAACGCAAAA